ACUAUUGAAGAUCGUGUUUAUAAAGAAUCACGAGCAUUAUUUUUACGAACACGAAAUAAUACCACUGAACUUUAUGAAGAACUGGCUGCUCGAAUUUUAAAUACCAAGCGUGCACAUCCAGAAAUACCAAACUUAACAAAAAAAAUUGGUAGUGUAAUGGAUAAUCUUCGAUAUCAAGUUAACAAAUCAUUUGAAAAAACAGCCAAACAAUAUAGAGUAAAAUAUGGGAAUGAAAUUUCAAAUCAAAAUUUAUAUACUUUUAUUGACGAUAAUGUUUGGAGAAACGCUCUUCAUCUACCAUUAUUAGCAGUUAACAAAAUGGCUGUUGAUGACAAUGAAGUAAUCAAAAAAGGCUUAAAAACUUUUGUUAUCGAAAUGGUUAAACAAUGGGUUCUUGCACUUCACGAAGAAAAAGACGCGAAAGGAGCAAUCAAGGAAUUUGAUGAGCUUACGCUUGAUCUUCCGAUUCCAACAAACUAUAAUAUUGUAGCACGAUUACCAGUUCGAAAAUUAUUACAAUAUAAAAAAUAA